GGACUAUCAUCACAGGAGGAGUAGCGAUCUAAGCUUCGAAUUGUAUUGAACCCAAAACUUCUAAAACCCCUCCUCUCUGGAGAAAGAAAAGAACCCAAGUUUAAUCUCUGUGGAAUUGUGAAUUGGAAUGGAAACUCCUCCUCCUGAAUAUCAAACCCAACUUUUUGGCUUCCAAGGAUAGAAGCUACAAACCCAUUUGGUGUAUUCUCUUGAUUUAGAUAUUCUACUGGAACCCAGUUGCUCUUUCUGAAGUUCUUCCUCCUUUCUUUGCGUUUUCAGUUGUCUGUUAACUGUCCGACGUAUUGUCUAGCUGGAUAAUUAUUUUGUUUUUCAGUACUCAAGCUAUCACUCUGCCAUUCUUUUCCCGUUCUGGAGAAUGUAUGGGGUGGAAGUUGUGGAGCCAUUUAUUGAACUAGUUUGCCAGCUGCAUCAAUAGACUGGGGUGAAUCUGCAGGGGUUUGAUAUUCAUUAUUUGAACUUUUAUGUUGCUUCAUUUUGAAUUUGCACUGCUUGUUUAUAGAAUGGUAUGCAAAUGAGAAGACUAAGGAAUGAUUUAUUAUUAGAGUUUAGAAGCUUUGAGAUGGCUCCUAUUCUAUUGUUAAAACCAAGUUUUGCUAACCUACUGGUUGGAGAAAGUCGCCAAGUCUCUCUGUAUUGAAUUUACAACAUUAAUUAUUGUUAAUGUUCCUCACGAAGCAUUAGCAUGUUUAUUGAUGAAGUUUAGCGUUGCCGUGCCUAGAAAUCUGUGUUGUUGUUUCUUAAUGACCAGUUCAAUUCCUGUAUCAUGUGGGAGUUCUUUCUUGUUUGGCUAUCUACUGAAAGAAGUUAAUAGAGUUUUUUAAUUUUCAUCGUAAGGUCAAUUCUGUGAUGUGAGAGUACUGUUUUCUUGUGGUGUUAUGUGGUGCUUUCUUUAAGUAUACCUCAAUUUACAUUCUCGAUAUUUUGACCCUUUCUUUGUUUUCAUUUGUUUGCAUUACGACGUUGUGCUGGGUGAAAAUCAAAGACAUUGGACUGUCAUUUGUUGCUUUGGGAGGUUUGGCGGGUUGUUGGACAGUAACAGAGAGCCAGUAGUCUAGUCUUGGCAUUAUGUGUCUAGUUAUUUUGCUUAUGUGCGCAGAUUGUGUCUAAGAAAUGUUGUUUCAUUUUAAUCAAAGAGUUGAAGAUUCUUCAAGAUAUUCUUGAUGGUUAUCAUGUCUAAUGGUCAAAAGUGGCAGACCUAACUUGCUGUUAAUACUCAAUGUUGGGUGAUAGUCAUGGUCACUUUCUUUUUGCUUAUGAAUGAUUGGUUUUUAACAUGUUUUGUCUACAAUUAUCAAUUUAAGUUCUAUACUUUUUCUCUCCUUUUGAAGUGUGUAUGAUUUUGGUGGCCCAAAAAAUAAAUGUGUAUGAC